AUGGGAGAAAAAGGAGAAAAAGGAGACCAGACCAGUCCGAGUCUGCUCUGCCAGUUCUACCUCCACGAGUACCAUGCAUGGCCGGUUUCCACGUCGGUCAUUGAAUUGUUCGAUUCGUCGUGGUGGAUCUGGCGUGUAGUGGUCCACUACACAUUCUUCACCUCCCCCAACCCCGACAACAAAGGCAUCCCAAGCAUAAACUCCCCCACCGACGCCGCCGAAUCCGCAAAAAUCUGUUUCCCUGCCCUCCAACCUCUUGUGUCUCACCACGACGCCUUCUUAGUGGCAUGUUAUAGCGCCCAUCCAUUGGUGCAAAUGCUCAAGAAUGAAUGUGAGAAACAUAUUACUUCUGCAACCGGCCGCGGAUCGAGGAAAAAAUAUGUCACGGGCAUUUUUGAGGCGAGUUGUCUAGUUAGUUUGGGGUUGGUUGGAAAUGCCAGUAGCUCCUCUUCCUCAUCGAAAACUCUUGAUACCGACUCCAGCGAUACGAACAACCAUGGUUUGGGGUUUGGCAUCGUCUCCACCGGCAAGAUCUGGGAAGAAGCCCUGGGUCGUGCAGUGAACGAAUUUCUAGGUCUAGGACUAGAAAGUGAUUCCACGUCUUUGUCAAAGAGAAGCGGUGGUAGAGGCCGCUUCUACGGCUGCGAAACAACAGGUCUCAACGCGAGCGAACUGCACGAUUUGCCGGCCGAGGAAGUGAGGAGAAAAAUGAUGGAUGCCACGAGGCGGUUGUUGAGGAGGGGCAGAAUCACGGCUUCGAGUUCAGCACUACGCCAGGCUUCAGGAGGUGACGGCAGAAGUAGUGCUGUGAAAGCAAUCUGUCUCGGCUGCGCAGGCAUGGUCGGUCUCGAAUCCGCCGUGCGCGAAGCAUGUCUUGAAGAACUGGGGUCCGAAGAGGCCGGAAACAAUGUGGCUAUCGUCGAUGGGGUCAAGGCUGGCGUGGGGGUUUUGUAUGGGUUGGUUAAGUGUGGGUUUUGA